GAGUCAGGCGUGCCAGCAGCCAAUCACGGAGCGACCUGAACCGCGGGAGAUCCAAAUUUCGCGGGACGUAAUUUGGCGCUAAAAUAGCAGCCCUCUGUCGAGCUGUUGUCAAAGCAAAGCUCUUCUGAAGGAGAGGGAUUACAGACAGACAGGAACAUUUCUCACCAUCACCGGCUUUGAGAAGAAACAACAAAGAAGACAAAUUUCACGCGUUUUGCCUUUGAAGGGUACAUUUGUAAAGUUUAAUAUAUUUAUUUAAGUUAUUUAUUUUAUUAAGCCAUAACAACUUAUCUUGCGGACAAAGAGUACUGGAAGACAGAAAGAGAAAGUUCAACCCAAAGCAACAAAAAACGUCGGAUAUCUGAUAUUGAACGCAUAAUAGUAUUUACUAACUAUACUAUAUAUUUGUACAUUAAACUGUUGAUUCGUCUCGCACUGACGGUUUUGCGUAUCCAAAGUGCUUCUUUAGCGUCACCUUUCGUUCAUUUCGUGCGCAAAAAUGAUACGGAUACCCAGAGGGAUUUCUCCUGCUUCUGGAAGAGGCGCAGUCGCAGGGCUCUCGUGUCCACAGAAGAAAACGCUACCCGGGAUGAGGACGGAUUUCUUCAACACGGGACUCGCAAGCCCACCGAUAAAUUCGGUACCGGCUGGAUACUUCACUCAAAUCGGGAACAAGACAGCUGCGGAGCAGAGAUCCAACUGCCUGUAUGCGACCCCCCACGGGCCUGAACCUAAGCCUGUGCGGACUUCCUCUGGCCGGCUACCGGCCAAACGGAGACUAGAUCUGGAAGAGCCGCUUUAUCUCCCCGAAUUCCGGACACCGAAAGGAAAAGGACACUCGGCAUCUGCGAGAGUACAGAGUCCCAAAACUCCCAAGUCUCCGGGCGAGCGCACUCGUUACGACACAUCCCUCGGACUGCUAACGAAAAAGUUUGUGGGAUUGCUGAGCGAAUCGGCCGAUGGGGUCCUGGAUCUGAACUGGGCUGCAGAGGUUCUGGAGGUUCAGAAGAGACGAAUCUACGAUAUUACGAACGUUCUGGAGGGAGUGCAGCUCAUUCGCAAGAAAUCCAAGAACAACAUCCAGUGGCUGAUCAAUGGUGUGUUUGAAGGAUCAAACAGCACUUCAGAAAAGACCAAUGCUCUCAGGAAAGAGCUAUCUGAGCUUGACAGACAGGAGAAACUUCUGGACGACCUCAUUCAAUCCAGCUCGACACGGCUACGAGAUCUCACAGAGAACAAGGACAACCAAAGAUUUGGAUAUGUGACCUACCAAGACAUCCGUACCAUAGCCAGCUUAAAAGAGCAAACCGUGAUCGCUGUGAAAGCACCAUCUGAGACCAAAUUAGAAGUUCCAGAGGCAUCUGAGGGCUUACUGCAGAUUUAUCUAAAGAGCAAAAACGGCCCGAUCGAGGUAUACUUGUGUCCCGAAGAAUUUAUAGAGGACAGUAGUCCCAUCAAGAAUCCCACACCCAGAAAAGAGUACCCUCAAACCCCCAGCAUCCCCACACCCUCUGUCCUCCCACCUGCCAAGCCUCAGCCAGUGGAAGGUUUGAUGUCAAAGUCUCAGUCGUCGUCGACAAACACCAAUGGCAGCGCCUCCCUCCUCGACGUGGAAGGGAUUCUGGAUCUUCCUCCCAGCCUUCUGCAGAUGACAGAAGAUCAGCUGCCUGGUACCGCCUUCACGUUGGACCCCUCUGCGCCCUUUGUUAGUUUUUCUCCUCAGCUAACUCACGAUGACUACCUCUGGGGUCUGGAGGAUGGAGAAGGCGUAUCUGACUUCUUUGACACGUAUGAUCUGGGAGAUCUGCUUAAAACAUGAGGUGUCCUGGUUUAGUUCGACGAAACAAUAGCAGAUCAUUUUAACGUUCAUGUAAUUAGUUAACACCUUACAUUAUGAAAUAGUUGUUAGUAUAAGUGCACUACUGAUUUGGCUCAAGUGGUACCAUUCCAGAUGUUGACCGGUUAAAUUUGGAACGGACCUCUAGUUAGAAUUAAAUCCUUUUUAGAUUUAAAAGGUGAACAAGCGCCCUCUAGAGGUGAUCUAGCUACACUAUUAAGCUAUAAAGCCAUCAUUUUAUUUCAUCAGCCAUAUAAUAGUAAAUAUUUUUGUAUGUAUAGUUUAGCUAUAGAUAUUUCUGACAAAACAAAAAAUGGAUUUGUCUGGUGAUAUUAAUUAUUUCAAUUGAUAUGUUUGCAUAUGGGCAAUAAUGUAAAGUGGUCUUUAUAACUUCAAUUGAUUUUUGAAGUCAGACAUUUGUAAUUGCCUUGUAUCUAGUUAUGAGCUAGAAAGUACUGUUUUAAUAUUUUAUUAGCAAUUCUUGAUUAGGAUGUGUAAAACUCAGGUAAAUAUUGAAGCUUUACUAGAGCUUAAAAAAUUGUUACUGUCAAACUUUGCCAGUAGAGGGCUGUGUGACCAUUGAAAGUUGUUAGUAAAGAUACAUGUAUCAGAAAACUUUUAUACUUUUGCGUCAUAACCAGACUUGAUCAAUUUUUCUAAAAAAAAAAAUAAAUUUUUUUGUAAAACAGUCAUACAAAAUGACUCCAUAUGUGUUUGGGUAAAAUCAGUGCUUGGAUUUUAAAUAAUGGUGCUUGUUUGUUCGCUCUACCUCCAUUGUUUAGUUUGAGCCACGGUGAGGUGGUGAACAGUGGCCUUUCCCAUGGCACUGACUACUGAUGUCGUGCCAUACAAUGCCUUAAAAAUUGAGGUUUUAAUCACUGACAUGACACCAUCGCCUCAGGGAUUGCUCAGAUUUGGCAGCUAAAUUUUACAUUUCCAAAUGUAUUAUUCAAAUGCAUUUCGAGGUCUUGAAACUAAGGUAAUGGUGCUCUCAGGGUUCACUGCUUUAUUUCUACUUCUGAUGUUUAAUGGGAUCUGUCAGAAACCUUUGAUACUGUUUGAACACAAAGUGGACUUUGUUUCUAGCGUUUUCUUUUCAUUUGGAGUUGCCCCACCUGAAUGGUGGGUUUAUGGUUGCCUAGACAAAGCAAGAUUUAACUGUUUACAUCUGGCAUGUGUAAAACUAGUUAUAGACUACAAACUUUGAAAACACCCAAAGCACGCUUUUUUUGGGAGGCAAUACGACUUGAAGUUGAUGUUUAAAAACUACAUUUCCACAGCCAGUUGUGGUCGUUCGGUGUUCGGAGCAUUUUCACACAAACAAAUGUGAAUAAAAACAUGUUGAUCUACCAGCAUUUUGUAAUCUUGGACUUCAAAUUUUUGUAACCUAGUGUUUUUCAACCCUGAUCUGCAUUUGUUGAGGGUGCCUUUGGAGUUUGGUUUUAAAUCAGAUUUAAUAUUUGUCUGAUUAAUUUAUAGAUGCUAUCUGGGGUGUGUACAAAAUUGGGGUUCAUUUCAUGCAACUGUCCCGUGUGCGGACAUAUGUCCUGUCCUAACAAACUUGAAAAAUGUGUGUGUGUGUAUGUAUGCAUGAGUGUGCUGAGGCAUGUUAAUAGUUUUGUGCAUUUGAUUGUAGUCUUUAGUGUUUGUCUGGCAUUAUUUUACGUUUACUUUCUAAGCAUUAUGUUAUUGAAAUUGUACAGAAUGGUUUUGUAUUUAUAGGUUUUGUAUUCGAAGGAAUUUGGUAAUUGUCUCAGGAUGUAUCAUUUUUAAAAGACUGUUUAACAGGCAGCACUUAAGAUUUGAUAUUGUGGUGUU